AAAAAAAAGAAUGUGGUAUUUCAGGUUUUUUAUUUCACUAUCGAGAUGCUUCAACGGAUGCAGCGACCGCGCUCAAAUAUCGGGGCCCGGAACGAGGAUAUGGAACACGAGCGACAAGCCGAUCGAGCUGCAGAUAAGAGUCGGAUCGAUGCUGAAGAAAGUCCACACGGUGAAACCAGGGUGUUCGAAGAGAUUGAAGGGCAAGAAUAUUUACAGGGCUUACAUGCCUGGAAAAACUAGUAAUGCUGGAAUGAGAAACCUGGUUUAUUACUAUGAUGACACGUGUCACCCAUACAUAUGGAUACAUGAUACAGGGUGUGAUUUCUCCAGGACCAGGAUGGUGAAGCAGCAGUAUAUCAGCCUUGAUGAUUUGAGGGAUUCUUCUGAAAUCAGGGUUUUUAGGGAUCUUCUCAGGGGAUCUAUUUCUGUCACCAAGAAAUCCAGGCCUGAUUUUUGCUGAUUUUUC